AUGUCGAGGACAACCGAUAAGUGGGAAUGGAUUGUCGUCUGUCUGACCUCCCAAACGCCAAUCACCAGCUCCCUUGAGCGGAUGGAAGGAGGAAACAGCAGCGACUCGAGAGACAAGUGGAAUAUCCAGAGACCGCUCGAGGAGGUCGCUCGAGACCCUGGUCUGGAGGGCCCCGCCUGCAAGUAA